GCCGAGCCAGGGCACGGCACGGGACGGGGCGCCGGGCCGGCUCCUGCCUCGCCUCGCCGCCCUCCUGCCUGCCCCGGGCGCGUCCCGCGGGGGAUGCGCGGCGCUGCGCCGCUGCGGGCUCGCCAGCCGGGGCCGCCCGCGCAGUGACCGCGGCCGCAGUGACGGGAGUUUCGCCCCGUCCCGGGAGCCGCCGCUCGGCACCGCGCCCCAGCCCGGGAGCCGCCGCGGAGCGGAGCCCGCCCGGCGCUCUCGCCGCAGCAGCAGCCGUCGUUCCAAGGGAGGAGGCAUUAUCCUGGCCGAAGGCACAGCUUUCUCUCCAUGCUUCUCUAGAGGUGUUCAGAUGGGAUUAAAGUCCACAUGGAGAUAUGGAAAUGGACCAGGAAUUUACUCUAAAAAGAUGGUCAGCUGGGAUUUGGGUUGCCUUAUCUGCCUGGUGGUGGUCACCAUGGCUGGACUUUCCCUGGCUCGACCUUCAUUUAAUUUAGUUGUUGAAGACACCACAGUGGAACCCGAAGAGCCGCCAACCAAAUACCAAAUCUCUCAGCCAGAUGUUUACUCAGCACUUCCAGGAGAGACGCUUGAGUUGCGCUGUCAAUUGAGAGACGCCGUCAUGAUCAGUUGGACUAAGGAUGGGCUCCCUUUGGGGCCUGACAAUAGGACAGUGAUUAUUGGGGAGUACUUACAAAUUAAGGAUGCCACAGCCAGAGAUUCGGGCCUCUAUGCUUGCACUGCUGUUAGGACCCUAGACAGUGAUACUCUGUACUUCAUUGUAAAUGUUACAGAUGCUCUUUCCUCUGGGGAUGAUGAAGAUGACAAUGAUGGGUCCGAGGACUUUGUGAAUGACAGCAACCAGAUGAGGGCACCUUACUGGACACACACGGACAAAAUGGAGAAGAGGCUCCACGCCGUGCCGGCCGCCAACACCGUCAAGUUCCGCUGCCCGGCCAUGGGCAACCCAACGCCGACCAUGCGCUGGCUGAAAAACGGGAAGGAGUUCAAGCAGGAGCAUCGCAUUGGCGGGUACAAGGUCCGUAACCAGCACUGGAGCCUCAUCAUGGAGAGCGUGGUGCCGUCGGACAAGGGGAACUACACGUGCAUAGUGGAGAACCAGUACGGGUCCAUCAACCACACCUACCACCUCGACGUGGUUGAGCGCUCCCCGCACCGGCCCAUCCUGCAGGCGGGGCUCCCCGCCAACGCCUCCGCCGUGGUCGGGGGGGACGUGGAGUUUGUCUGCAAGGUCUACAGCGAUGCCCAGCCCCACAUCCAGUGGAUAAAGCACGUGGAGAGGAACGGCAGUAAAUACGGGCCAGAUGGGCUGCCUUAUCUCCAGGUUUUAAAGGCUGCCGGUGUUAACACCACGGACAAAGAAAUUGAGGUUCUCUAUAUACGGAAUGUAACUUUUGAGGAUGCUGGGGAGUAUACAUGCUUGGCGGGUAAUUCUAUUGGGAUAUCCUUUCACACUGCAUGGUUGACAGUUCUGCCAGCUCCUGAGAAAGAAAAGGAAUACCCAGCCUCUCCAGACUACCUGGAAAUAGCAAUUUACUGCAUAGGGGUGUUCCUGAUAGCCUGCAUGGUGCUGACAGUGAUCCUGUGCCGCAUGAAGAACACCCCCAAGAAGCCGGAUUUCAGCAGCCAGCCCGCUGUGCACAAGCUGACCAAGCGAAUCCCCCUGCGCAGACAGGUAACAGUGUCGGCCGACUCGAGCUCCUCCAUGAACUCCAACACGCCUCUGGUGAGGAUCACCACCCGCCUCUCCUCCACUGCUGAUGCCCCCAUGCUGGCAGGAGUCUCGGAGUAUGAGCUGCCAGAAGACCCCAAGUGGGAGUUCCCAAGAGAUAAGCUGACGCUGGGCAAGCCCUUGGGAGAAGGUUGCUUUGGGCAAGUGGUCAUGGCCGAAGCGGUGGGGAUUGACAAAGACAGGCCAAAAGAAGCAGUGACCGUGGCAGUGAAGAUGUUGAAAGAUGAUGCCACAGAAAAAGACCUAUCUGACCUGGUGUCAGAGAUGGAGAUGAUGAAGAUGAUUGGGAAGCAUAAAAAUAUCAUCAAUCUUCUUGGAGCCUGUACCCAGGAUGGCCCUUUGUACGUGAUAGUGGAAUAUGCUUCCAAGGGGAACCUGCGGGAGUACCUGCGAGCGCGCCGCCCGCCCGGCAUGGAGUACUCCUUCGACAUCAACAGGGUGCCCGAGGAGCAGAUGACAUUCAAGGACCUGGUGUCCUGCACCUACCAGCUGGCACGAGGCAUGGAGUACCUGGCUUCCCAAAAAUGCAUCCAUCGAGACUUGGCCGCAAGAAAUGUUUUGGUAACAGAAAACAAUGUCAUGAAAAUAGCAGACUUUGGUUUAGCCAGAGACAUCAACAAUAUAGAUUAUUAUAAAAAGACUACUAAUGGACGGCUUCCAGUAAAGUGGAUGGCUCCAGAAGCUCUCUUUGACAGAGUUUACACACAUCAAAGUGAUGUUUGGUCAUUUGGUGUGUUAAUGUGGGAGAUCUUCACCUUAGGAGGGUCACCCUACCCAGGAAUCCCAGUGGAGGAACUUUUUAAGCUGCUUAAAGAAGGGCACCGGAUGGACAAACCUGCCAACUGCACCAACGAGCUCUAUAUGAUGAUGAGAGAUUGCUGGCAUGCUGUGCCUUCUCACAGACCCACUUUCAAACAGUUGGUGGAGGACUUGGAUCGGAUCCUCACUCUCACAACUAAUGAGGAGUAUCUGGACCUCAGUGGACCUCUGGAACAGUAUUCACCCAGCUACCCCGACACCAGGAGCUCGUGUUCCUCGGGGGACGACUCCGUGUUCUCUCCCGACCCGAUGCCUUACGAACCUUGUCUCCCCAAGUACCAGCACAUGAAUGGGAGUGUGAAAACAUGAAAAGAGGAGCAAAGAGGCAAGAACAUCAAGCUACCUACCGUAUGCAAAGCAAAAGCUUUCCUCCAGGACCUUCAUGUUUCUGCUUGUACAUAGGAAAUAUGGGAAAAAAAAAAUAAAAGAGAGAGAAAAAAAGGAAAAAAAAAAAACAAUUUGGAGGAAAGCGGUCAGAGCCUACAUAAAGAUUCACAUCACUUGCAGCUUUCAGAUGUUCCCAAGAAGGAAGAAUGUUUAUGAGCUGUGUCUAGAUACCCAUUGCUAUCAAUUUUCUGGCUUCCUGUGAGCUGCAACAGACUUUGUUUGUACAAUGGACCAGUUGGACUUGAGGCAAACUCUGGGUCUGCCUUUCUUGUUUAUUUUGUAAUAUUUGGAGAAAAUAUAUGUUGGCACACACUUACAGAGCACAAAUGCAGUAUAUAGGUGCUGGAUGUAUGUAAAUAUAUUCAAAAAUAUGUAUAAAUAUAUAUUAUAUAUAUUUACAAUGAAUUAUUUUUUGUAUUGAUUUAAAAAAUGGAUUCCCAAUCCACCUAGCAAAUUAGUCUCUUUUUUAACAGCUAUUUGCUAAAUGCUGUUCUUACACAGAAUUUCUUAAUUUUCACCAUCCAAAGGUGGAAAAUACUUUGCUUUCAGGGAAAAUGGUAUAUCAUUAAUUUAUUAACUAAUUGGUAAUGUACAAAACAGUUAAUCGUUUAUAGGGUUGUUGUGUUUUUGUAAUUUAAAUGGCAUUUCUAUGCAGGCAGCACAGAGGACUAGUAGAUAUAUUGCUCAGACUUUACUAGUUUUCAGAUCUUUAAGAAAAGAAAUAUUUACAGUAUAUAACUAAUUUGGGGAAAUUAAACUUUUGAUUUAUUUGUGUUUAAAAACUGCAGUGUCAGAUGAUUAUUCUUAUCAAAACCAAAUCCUUUAACAAGAAAGUCUUUUUCUUAUAAGGUCCAAAAAGCAGAGUCAUACCACUCCAAAAAAAAUAAAAAAAAAGAAAAUAAAGGACAUUUAGAAGAAGGUUCUUAAAGUAAGGAAAGACAUGGGUUGGUCUAUUACCAUAGCAGAACAGACUGCUCUAAAAGGAGCUGAUCUUCUACCCUGAGUUGCACAUGCAUCAAAUUAUCUACAAUUCUCUUGCCUUAGUUGGAUAAUAGGUUCCAGACCUUUUGGCCUGAAUUUUUUGCCUUUAUCCUUCUAUUGUAACUUAAGUUAAAAAGAGAGAAGUUGUUUAUAAUGACAGCUUGCCAUAGGAAUAUCAGCAUCUUUUUAGGGGAUUAAUUCAUGCUGACUCCACUAUUUCCUUCUGAACCAUUCCAUAACAGUAGGUGUAGCACUGGCCUCUGCUAGAAUAUCACUGUUUGCAUCUUUUUUACAGAAUCCUGUAUUUUUACUUUCAGAACAUUGACAUUGAUAUGGCCAUGGAAUAUGAAUGCAAAUUUCACUGUUUUAUGUGGUGGUGUGUUUGUUUUGGUUUUGUUUGUUUUUUUUUGGUUUUUUUUUUAAAUAAUUUUUUAAUUGGGUAAAAUAAGUAUUAAAAUCUGUUAACUUUUGUACUGACAAUAAAAUGUUUCUACAGAUAUUAAUGUUAAAAUUACAAAA